CUCGUCGUCUACCGCUUCGUACCGAGAGGAAGAUGAAGAGGAUAAGAAACUUAGAGAUGCGCUCGAGGGGGGCUAUUGGAACAGAGGCCCCAAACGUUCACUGGGAGGACGUUGCCGGACUUGAGUUGUUUAAAGAAGAACUCCAAGAAGCUGUUAUUCUGCCUCCCAAACCCCUACAGCUUUUUACUGGCCGCCGUCCAGCUCGACGAGGAGUAUUGAUGUACGGCCCACCAGGGACUGGGAAAAGCUAUCUCGCAAAAGCAUUAGCCACAGAGUGCAAUGCUACUCUGUUCAGUAUUAGCAGUAGCAAUAUUGUGAGUAAGGGGCUCGGAGAAAGUGAAAAAUUGGUCAAGACUUUGCUUAAAAUGGCUCGGGAGCGGAAGCCCUGCGUAAACUUUAUCGACGAACUCGGAGGCAUUGCAAGCUCCCCGGACAGCAGUGGGACAGACAAUGAGCACACCAAUCGUAUCAAGACGGAGAUAUUGGUCCAAAUGGGUGGCGUUGGCAAGGGCUCAACUGGUAUUCUGGCUCUUACCGCCGCGGAUCUCCCUUGGAAGCUUGAUGCAGCUCUUCGCCGUCGAUUCCAUAAGAGAAUAUACAUCGGAUUGCCAGACCGACCAGCAAGGAAGAGGUUAUUUGAGCUUGGUGGGAGGGAUACGCAAUGUACCCUGGCUGAAUCAUACCUUGAUCGACUGGCGAGCAUGACCGAGGGACAUUUAGGGACCAAGAAGAUCUACGAGGCAAAAUAUUGGAAAAGAGUUUUGGUGGUAGGAGAAGGAAUCGAGAAGCUGGAGCCCUGCGCCGAGGAUGACGCUAGGGCGAUGCAGAUGAUCUAUUCUAUGCAAAAAUCAGGGCAGUUCUUAGCACUGCCCCUAGGAAUUUUUUUCCCCUACUAA